CAACCUCCUAUAUUUCUCUCCCUCUAAUGAAUCUAAUCCAGCACUCCCCCAUCUGCUCAUCGUUCCCAUGGCAUCCUCUUCUCCUCUCACACUGCUUCUCAUCAUCUCGAUCUUACUCACCAUCAACGCUCAGGUGGAUCAUGCUACGAGCUUUCAACUGAUGAACGAGGCCAAUGAAUGGUCAUGGGGAAUGUCUAGGGAAGAUGAGUUGGUCAGCAGCAAUGAAGAUGAAGAAAAUGGGGACAUUGCUAGAAGAUCUCUGUAUUGGAAACCAAUGCAUUAUUACAUUUCUUAUGGAGCUCUGUCUGCUAACAGGGUUCCUUGUCCUCCCCGCUCGGGGAGGUCUUAUUACACCAACAACUGUUUCAGAGCACAUGGCCCUGUUCAUCCCUACACAAGAGGCUGCUCAAGAAUCACCCUUUGCAGGAGAUGAGAGUUUUUUGCGGGGAAAAUAUUGUUCCAUUUGAUUUUGUAUUGUUCUUUUUUUUUUUUUUUCCUGUUCGUUGUUAUAUUGAGAAACUCUGUGACAGCUUGCAUCACUUUCACUGUUCUGCUGGAUUUGCUUUGAGAUCUCACAAAUCUGAUGUAUUGAUUCCUAGAGAAAAAAGGGGUUCUGUUUGUGGGAAUAAGUAAUGAAGUAAGAUAAAAAUGCAAGCAAUGG